UAAGUUAUUCAUAAAACCCCAAAAUCGGAAAACAUAAAAUCCCUCGGUCCGGAGGGAACUUGUACGAACUGUAAAGAUGAGCGAUCUUGGAGAUCAUCCUGUAAAUGAAGGGAAAAGUGGAUUUGAUAGUGCAAGAAUUGCGGAAGUAAAAUCUUGGCUUGUUUCUCAAUUUGAAUCUGUUGGAAAAGAUGUACCGGAUUUUGAAUAUACUACUAGAAGUAUUUCACAUUUACAUUCUCUUGCUUGUAUUUCUCAAGCUAAGACUCAAGCUGCUGGAAUUGUUGCUUCAGAUCUUCGUCAGAAAGCAAUGGAGUAUCGUUCUCAAGCGGCGAGGAUUAGAGAAAUUUUACAAAGUAUAGGGUUGGCACAAGAAGGUUUACCACCAAAUGCAGUUACAUCUGUACAAGUUGUUGCGAAUGUUGCAAAUUUGUUGAAUAUAAGAGAUACUGAAAUGAGCAGUUUUCUAGUAGCAAUGGCUGAUAUUUCUUUGAGGAAGAGUGGAGUAGAGGAGAAAAGGGCAAAUGUACAAAAGGAGUCCAAAGUUUUACUGGAUUACACUCGCAAAGCUAUUUCUAGACUAACAUAUUUGAAAAGAACACUUGGACAGUUGGAAGAUGAUGUGGCUACUUGUGAAGGUCAAAUGAAUCAUUGGAAAACUAAUUUGACAAUUAUGCUUUCAAAAGAGUGUCAGUACUUGCAGCAGUUUUCUAAUUAUAAGGCAUUACUCAAUCGUGUGGGUUACACAUCAGAUAUCAGCCAUGGUGAAUUGGUUGAAAUGGAUGAACACCGAAAGGAGUUGGUGAAAAAGACAAAGCCUAUCAUGGAUACCUUGAGAAGCUACCAAGACUUACCUCCUGAUAAAGCUCUUGCUGCUUUAGCAAUUGAGGAAAAACGAAGGCAAUAUGCAGCUGCUGAAAAGUACCUCGAAGAAGUUCUGCAUUCAGCUCUUGCCACGUCAGAAUAAUUCCAGUGUUAAAAGUCUGCAACUUCUGUUAGGACCCAUCCAUCAAUUAAGAGUGCUUUUAAUCCUAUGGAAUAAUGGAUUGAUGGAUGUUUAUCAAUCAUAUAUUGCUUCUUUCCUGCAAGCCAAUACCCAUGGCUCAUGAUGCUUUUGCUGCUGGGGCUGGUGUUAUAUUUAGAAGUGAAGAUGCAGCUACCUGUGGUGCAAUCUAUAGCUGUGUGUUUAGGACUUUGCAGAAAUUAUAUGGCUGAAAUGUCCGCGGUAAUCAUAGGGCUGGAGUGGGCUAAAAAUAAGGGUUAUAGAAGAAUAAUUGUAGCUUCCGAUUCCCUUAGUGAUGUGCUGUAUAUUGCAAAUGGUAAUCUACCUUGGGACUCUUAUGCACCAUGUAAUAAGAGAUACAUUUCUCUGCAGAUGUGUUAGCAAAGAAGGGAUCUUAUAUGCCUAGAGGAGAGACUGAAAUAUUUACCCAUGAACCUAGUUUUUUUUUAAUACUUUGGAAUGUAAUGACCAGGUGUACUACAGGCUUUCUUGGUUUAGCCCUUUCCUUACUUGUCUCGAUCUCUAGAUUUCAGUUUCAGCUUUACGGCAUUGCAUAAAGUGUUUAUGCAGUAAGCCUGCCUCUCUCCAAGAUGUUGGAUGCUUAUUCUGUAUUUUCUUGGCUGAUUAAAGGUUUUUUUGCGGUCUUCCGCUUUAUUA